UACGUUUUAUUUUUGAAGGUCAUUGAAGAAGUUUUGUUAUGUAAUUUUCUUACAUCAUACCAGUAACUAUCUACUUGAUGGUAAUUGCUUCUAAUUUUGUCGACAAAAUAUGAAAUUUUAUCAUAUACAUUAUAGAAAAUAAUAGUGAUCAGUGAUAACAUUAGUAUAUAAGUGAAUGGAUUGAAACAGUGAAAUACUGUAGAGUAUAUCUAAAACAUGAUUUCCUUUAAUGUCAAUGAAAUUCAAAUUUACGAGGAUAAGUUUAAAGACUAUGACAUCUUAAAAAAUGUCAUUACUACUCGUGAUCAAGAAGAUGCAUUUUAUAUAUUAGAUCUUGGUAUUAUAAUGAAACAGCAUCAAGAGUGGAUUAAAAAAAUGCCAAGAAUUGUACCAUAUUAUGCUAUAAAAUGUAAUCCUAAUCCAAUGGUAAUAAAGGUUUUGGCAGCUAUGAAUGCGAACUUCGAUUGCGCAUCAAAGCAAGAAAUUCAACAAAUUAUACAGUUGGGUAUAUCACCUGAUAGAAUAAUCUUUGCAAAUCCCACAAAGUGUCCGUCUCAUAUAAAAUUUGCUAAAAGUCUAGGUGUCAAGAAAAUGACAGUAGAUGGCAAGUUAGAACUUUUUAAAAUUAAAAAAUUGUUUCCUGAAGCAAAAAUAGUUAUUCGCUUCCGAUGCGAUAGCAAUUCUUCUUUCGCUAAAUAUAUCAAUCUUGGAAUCAAAUAUGGAUGUGAACCAGGUGAUGAAGCAAAAGAAUUAAUACAACUUGCAAAAGAUCUAGAUUUAAUUUUAUAUGGAUUUAGUUUCCACGUUGGUAGCCCAUGUAAAGAAUUCAAUGCGUAUAAACGUGGAAUUGAAAUAUGUAAGGACUUGAUUACUUUUGCUAAAUCAAUAGGAUGCGAAGAUAUCAAGUUAAUUGAUAUUGGAGGGGGUUUUCCUGGAGAAAUUGGAAUUGAAAUCGAGGAGAUUUCAUAUAUAAUUAAUGAUGCGAUCAAAGAAAUAGAUCCUACUAUAGAAAUUAUAAGUGAACCAGGUAGAUACUACGUAGCAUCUGCAUUUACUUUGGCUAGCUAUUUACAUUCUAAAAAAACUAUAUCUAGUGGAAAUAGUCUGAAGCAGAUGUAUUAUAUUAAUUGUGGAGUUUAUACUGGGUUUAUAGAAGAAUUGUAUGAUUUGAAAUCACGUCAUCCAAAUUCACUGUUCAAUCCUAUAUCUAAUAAAAAGUUUUCUUCCACUUUAUGGGGACCAACUCUUGAUUCCUUUGAUUGUAUCAUCAAAGAUGUAUUACUUCCAGAAUAUGAAAUAGGAGAUUGGCUUGUAUGGAGCGACAUGGGUGCAUAUGGAACUUCUAUAGUUAGUAAAUUUAAUGGUUUCAUGCCACCAGAAGUUCUUCCAUUUAUCAGAAAAAGUCAAUGGCAAGACUUUUGUGCCAUUAUCGGACGUAACGUUAAUUGUCAUUUGUUUGGAUUGGAAUAGAUUUUUUGAAUUUCAAUAAAAGAAACUUAAUACUUAUAAAACAAUAUAAAGAUGUAUCAUGUAUUAAGAAAC